AGAUAUUCGGGUAUUUUGUUUUUUCCUCCCCCCGUGUAUAAUAGUAAUCCUUACGCGUCCGUAAAAACACAUCUCCCUCGGUUCUCCCGACACCGAGGGCGGCUGCAGCAGCAGGGAGAGAGGGAAGAGAGAAGAGAGAGAGACAGAGAGAGGGAGAGGGGCUUCAUCAGUGUCACGAAUCCGGAUUUCCCCAGCCCUUUGCCGGCAGAGAGGGUGGGGAGGAUCGCGGACAGGAGUCAAGCCGAUGUGAGCUCAGCCCUGCGCCCGGCUCUGUCGUUUGGACUCAGCAACUGUUAUAAGGCUGUCCUCCCCUCACCUCACCCCACCCCACCCCCCCCACUCAGCUGACAUCGACCUCCUCUCCAUCCAGUCACAUCAGUGUCCAGAGAGAGAGUCCUGUCUGUGCACCAUCACCCAGUUUCCUCCAGUGCUGGUCUACUCUGAUGGAUCAGCAUGUCUACCAGUAACAAUAUCGCCCAGGCCAGGAAACUGGUGGAACAGCUGAGGAUUGAGGCAGGGAUCGAACGCAUCAAGGUGUCUAAAGCAGCAGCAGACCUAAUGAGUUACUGUGAGCAGCACGCUCGUAGCGACGCUCUGCUGGUCGGGGUUCCCACCUCCGAAAACCCGUUCAAGGACAAGAAACCCUGCAUCAUCCUAUAGCUGUGUUCAACUCCUCCUGCCCCCACACACACAAUCACACACUCACACAGAAACACGCACAUAGACACACAAAAACAAACACACAUUCAGUACCAUAAAUUGACCCCCAGACUCACAUAUGCAAACACACAACUUCAAGCACCUUAUCUUAGGGGGCUAUAUCUAGAAGCCACAUGCACCCCCACACACACACACACACACUCCCAAAAGAGCCACUCUGGAAAAGCGCCAUACCCCAGAGCCACAGCUCAGGGGCAGGUAUCAUGUGCACCCAGUGGCCGACGUCAGUAUAUCACUGAGUAUGAUCCAAGGUGCUUUGGGAAUAUUCACAUAUGCUGGUAAACUAACUACAAGUGUCAUCUUAACUUGAAAAGGGAUUUGGACAUUAUUAACUAAUAGAAAAGUGGGAUUUUGUCUGUUUUGGUUUGUGUGCGAGUGGUUGGGGUGAAGUACUGACAGCUGAGCCAUAGGCCGAGAGUGGGAGGAUGCAUGUGGGCUACAGACACGGUGCGGUAGGUGCUUCUUCCAACCGAGCCAAACACGCCCUGGUGUGCCGCUAAAAGGCUUAAAAGUUAUUUUUAUGUGAUAGUCAAAAGGGUCCGAGAGCUUCGUCCCGGUGCAAAAUCCUAGCAGGGCCUUUUUGGAGCAAGUGGCCAAAGCCUUUUCCUUUAUCGGACUAUAGCAUGUUCCCACUCAAACCGGCAUCACCAGACCUUCUCUGCCUGUGGCCUCACUGCGGCCGUCUUCAGCCUUUGGCCAAACCUCCCAGCUGUGCCAACCUGUGUGGAGAGUCCUCUCUAUAGAUGCCGAUCUGCCGUCACUGAUUCCGCCGCAGUUUGGUAAGAUGGCUGAAAUCAACGUCUAACAGGACCUCAGAUCUGCACCUAUGAGGUGAACACAGCUCGACACAGAACAUAGAAGCUAUUAACCCCGGACGUUUACUGCAUUUUUCUUAUCAAAAGAUACUUGUUUGUGAACUCAAUGUACAUUUUGAUAUUUUCCUUUGAAGCGUAACUUAACAGACGAUACUGUAAUUUUUGGUUUUUUAAUGUUUUGCUUUGUGUUGCCCCUGGUUGAUCAGGUUUCUUUGUUCCAAGCUAGUGUUAAUGAAACAGGGGGAGGUCUGAUUGAAAGCCGAGGGUAAAAACCUAACAAGAUACCAGCUUCAAGGUUUCUAUUGUACAUCAAGCCUCCCUGUGCUUUAACCCGAGAGAGGGCGAGGUUGCAGUUCGACCCCGCCCGAGAGACGGCUGGGGGAGAAACCCCAGACUUAAAAAACUACAAAUGAAGCUGUCCCCAAAAGUAAAAAAAAAUGAUCCUUUUUCUGUUUCUUACCUUCUCCUAUCAUGUUCUUUUUACUCGUAGUUUCAAAAGGUCGAAAUGAAAAAAGAAAUCAUUGGAUUGUGCAAAGCUGGAGGAGUUUGUUUUAUUUGCCUCUACAGUCGAGAAGGGAAUCUUGUUUUAGUGCAAAAAUAAUUCUGCCUCUAAAUCAGAUAAAAUGCUCGGCUUUAUGGUUCUUCAGAGUUUCCAGUCUCCUCCAGUGUAACAGCUCACUCUAACCUGAGCUAACACUCGGUUACCUCUUCCCUCUGCUCCUCCACGAUUCUCCUCCUUUCUGAAAAACCCAACUUGAUUGUAAAAGCUCAAAUACGACUUGGGGGGGAACAAUGAACUUAAGAGAAACAAACUAAGUGUAUAAACUUUCUUUCAGAACAUGUGCAGAAGUGAUAAGUUGAAGAGUAGCUGUUUGUUUAUUGUUUUUUGGGAGAUCUCGUCUCUCUGUGGAGUCCAUGGAACCUGGUCAGUUGAGUAUUACCCUGUACAGUGUUUGUAAGAUACAAAAUCUAAACUCUGUGGAUGUUUGGAUUUUUUAGUUCUACUUAUUCUGUUCUGUCGGUCAGGAUCAUCUCUGUCAUUUUUUAUUUAUGUUCACUUUCUGUCAAUCGGGUUUUAGAUGUUUGUGAUUACGGAGGUUGUGUUUUCAAAAUGACAGAUGCAAAUACAACCAACACAAUGAGGAUGAAUAAUUUAAAACAGAAAUGCGAGUCGUGUUUGGUUUAGGAUUUUUUUCUGUUCGAGGAUGAAUCGACUCUUUCGAGAUUCAAAAACCAACCUCCUGAUCCGUCCUCUAAGACCGAAGCAGCCCACAGGUUUUAUUCUUCUCCAGUGUUGAUUUUGCCGGGCGACAGACGACGAGGACAACACACACACACACAACACACACACACACCUACAUGCUCCCAAAUUUGCCUUUUCAACUCAAGGGAUGAAUGUCAGAGGUCAAAAGUUGGAGGAGCCGUGAGGACUGAGCAUCGAGGGCUGGUUUUGACGGUUAAUCACUGAAAGAGGAAAGCUUUGUGCCGUCAUAUUUACACUUUAGCAUUUAGCUCAAGGCUUUUGUGAGGAGCUGCGUACAGUGACAGAGCAGGGUGGGGUCCCUUGUACGGGACUUAACACCGCUGACGGACUGUCACGGGGGGGGGGGGUUGAGCCCACUGCUCUGUUCGCUAAUGACUAAGUCAAUACGGCCCACCUGUUAGGCUGAGGUCUGGGAGUUUAGAGUUGGAGUUGGUGAGAGCUGAGCAGUUGGUGUGUGAAUGGCUCCACACCUGCUCAUCGAUGAGCAUGUGCGUGAGUGCUUAAGGCUACUAGGGAAACCCUGCUAAAAAGUAUACUCCUUAAUAAGUAAUAUUGUGUUGCAAUCUAAGGUGUUAUUGCCCCUAAAUAUCAAAAUUACACUAUCCUGAUGAUACAAUGUUAAAUCACAAAUUGGUUUGCCUGAUAAAAAAAGCCCUGCUUCAUCUUUCCUCUGCAUCUGGUCCUGACAAAGAGCAGAGAUAGUAGGAGCUGGAGAAAGGCCAUAGUUAGGGCGGUUAUCGAGGGGGUGUUUGGAUGUAUAUGUGUGUGGGCGGGGCGUUUGUCAGAUGUUAGCUUUUGGUAGCUGAAAACGAUGAUGUGGCAGAGCAGUCGGCAGAGAGGAGAAAAUAGAGCUGUGUGUUUGUGUGUGUGUGUGUGUGUGUAGGAGAGAGACAGUGUUUACGAACACAAGGGGCCACUGGAGUGACGCUGUAUCUCUGUCCUGCCAUUCCAGGUCAUGGUGACUCAGACCGGAGACGAGGUCAUAUGACAAGCAGCACGUAUGGCCUCCCCCUCCAGGCCAGUGUUCACAUUUUAGGGAAGCAUUAACCCCAAUUAUUCAGUUAAGGGUUAGGAAGCUAUUUUUGAUGAGAUGACCACUGAUAAUAGUCACAAAGCUGUGACAUUCAAUGAUUUGAGGACUUCUCUUUUCAGAAUAAUUAUCCCAGGGUCUGUCUCAGCUGUGUGAUAUCAGCUGCAGGUUAUUUUAUCAUUUUUCAAGUGACCCCAAGGUGUAGUUUCACUUUUAAGAAAAUCAACCUAAAUCUUGCUGAGACGUAAGAGAUCCAUCUUUAUCUGUUUGCUGUUUAUGAUGCUACAAUCAGCAGCCAGUUAGGCUAUUGGACAGCUUCUAGAGGGAGGCUAGCUAUUGCUCCAAGUGUCCAGUCUUUAUGCUAAGCUAAGCUAGCUGUCUGCUGACUAGCUUUAUAUUUAUCGAACAAACGUGACUGUGUCUCAAUGCCUUCUUUUGCCAAGCAAGCAAACCAGCGUGUUUCUCGAAAUACCAACUUGUCUAACGCCUAAGCAUAUUCUAACCCCAUCCCUAAAACAAGACUUAACCCUUUUGACCUGCCAAAAUGUCUUCACAAAGUCAAAAUGUCCUCAUAAUGAUGGUAUUUACCCAAAAUUGGCCCUCAUAACUAUAGAUAGAUAUCUACAUACACACAAACCUACACACAUUACACUGGUGUUGCCCGGAUGGUGUCUGACAGAUACUGUUUUAUUUUUGUCAUCGUUGUACAUUUCAGUCAUUCCAUAGCUGGUUGGGCUUACAAUCAGAGACAGCCGUCCCCCAUCGCUGGUUCGGCUGACAGUUUGUCCGAUUGGUUGGUUGUUAGUUUGCCUUAUAGUGGCGUAUAUUGUGUUAAUGCUGGUGUUGGGGUUAUCAGAUCCACAGAAUGAACAGUCUUAAAGUACAUCACGUCCAGUCGGGUGGGGAGGGCUGCGGCUCCUCGCCGGUGGACUUUCAUAUCAAACAUCAGAGAAGCGGCUCUGAGCCCUUUUCCCGAGACUCAUGUUUUGUGUUCUGAUCUCCUGUGUAUGCAUACGGUAUAUGUAACUUUUUUGCCUUGAUUGAUUAUGAAGAAAAUAUAUCUAUUUUUUGUAACUGUUCUCUGAUGUGCCAUAACUCAUGUUUUCUUGCACACUGUUAAUAUUUUGUGGAUAUUGCUGUUAAAAAAGAUGAUAUUGAGAAGUAGAUAACAUUAAUAAAAAGAUGAUAUAAUAACUUGUC